CUUCUCAUUCUGCAGGCUGGCCAAUGGAUUUGUGAGCUUUCUUCUCUUUUCUACUGCUUCUGCCUUUUCUUUGAGACAGGGGUCUGGGCCAGAGUGUUGUCUGCAUUCAGCCCCUUCUGUAGUGUUCACUCAUAUUUUCUCAGCAGAAAAGCAAAAAACAGCUCUGAGUGCGGAUACUGACAUACAGGAGGAAAGAGGAAGGAAGGGCUCAGGAUCCUCUCAUGUGUGACUGGGAAGGGGAAGUCCUUUAAAGAGUGUAACACAUCACUGGAGAUGAAGGAGUUGGUAUCCCUGUCUGGCAGAGGGGUGAGGGCUGCUGGGCUCUGGCAACUGGAGUUUGAUCCUAAAGCCACCUUCCCCUGGGCUAUACAACACAGCUGCAGAAAGAGGAGGUAGUGGGGAUACAACAGUGAAACAACCCUUGUAACUCUGAUGGCAGAUUGACUGAGGACUAGUUAGGCCACUUGGUUCAUGGUUUUUGAUCAAAAAAAACCAGUAGGGUUCUGUCUUGCAUAAAUAGAUUUCCCAGCUGAGACAAAUGUGUGCUUCUUGAGCUGCUGUGAGACAAACAGUAACAUUUAAAGCAAGGCAGCUUCAAAAAUUAUGAUGACUGUUCUGUCUUAGCCCUAUUAAUCUGCUGGCAAAGGCUUGUGUUAUAUCUCUGCUUGGAACACUGGCAAUUACAAGAGCACGUUUGUGACAGAUCUGUUCCCUUCUGCCGGGAAAAAGGAAUAUACUUGCACAGGUGGAGGCAUGUGUCUUUUUUAAACACUAUAAAAGAAGAUGUAUCAUAAUAGAUUUGACUUGGAGGAGAGAAAUCAGAAGAUGGUUGGACUCGAUGACCCAGUGGGUCCCUUCCAACCUAGUGAUUCUAUGAUUCUGUGCAACUUUGUGCGAUGCUAAGCAUGCAGUUACUGUGAAGAAAAUGCAGACGAAUGGUAUUCUUGCCUUAAAAGGCAGUGGUUUUCUCCUACUUUAGACUCUCUAAUUUCGAAAAAGGUUGUUCUGAGUCCAGGCUGCAGGACCAGUUUGGAAGCUGGUGCUCUGAGAGGCAGCAGGCUGGUGUCUCCCGUCUGUGUGAGGGCAGCUUGUGGAGGGCAUUUCUGGCCACCUUAAGCAUCCUUGGACAUUCCCAACUCCAUAUAACUGAUGAAUCCUGGCGAAUUAGCCUGGAAUAAAUGAGAGGACAGUUGUACUGCUUGUAGACCUUUUUCCCCUACUGAUGGAAACAAGCACAAGGCCCAUCCUAAUUUCCUGACUUUUUAAUCAGCUUGCUGAAAUGAGCUGCUUUGUUUGUGAACUGUGACAUCGGGAGGUGGGCAGGGUUGCUCUGGUCCUCUUUUUCUGAGAGAAAACAGAAACCUGGCCUGGUUUGGAAGUGUGAUGAGAAUGGACUGAGCCUGGAUGUCAAGACAAAGUCAAUACUUCUGAAAACAUAGCAGAUGCCUACCUAGAGUCUCCAUAAAUGUGUGGUGGGAAAGCUGUAACUUGCAAAAAAACGCUCCUGCUAUGCAUUCAGUGAAACGCACCCCCCUCCUAUGUGGUGGUCUUCUUCAAAGCCCUUCACAAAUUCAACUAUAUUUAACUUUAUCAAGGAGUUGCAAUUUUGAUGACAAGAGCAUAUAGGAAUGAGUCAUGUCAAACUCAUAAUUAACAUAUUUUAUCAUUUUGACGACAGAAAGUUUUCCCUUUUGAAGAACAAGAACCAUUUCAGCUGAGAGGUGCUAGAGGGAAGAGGUGGCUUUGGGGAAGUUCAUGACAUCCUUUCACUAAAACAUUUCCCUUCUCUGCUGUAUCCCACAGCUGCUCUGUCUCUAUUUUAAAACGUUGUUAUGCUUACCAUAUAUCGUCUGUAACAGGCAGAAAAUACCAGGGUAUAUCAGUCUUUCAAUUCCUCUUUUGGAAAACAUCGAGUUAAUCUAAGUUUAGUUGGGACUAAAGGUCGUUACGAGAUGCACGUGGGCUUCUGUCUGUGCUUUGCCACCCUUGAGCACACAGUUGCUGCCAUUGGCCCCUGACACAAGGCCAAGCAGCUGGAGGGAAUCGGUCUGUCUGUCUCCUCUCAGGAAGGUACCUCUUGCUGCAAGAGGGCAGCAGACUGUGACAAUUUCUGUACACGCACACACAAAUUGGAAACGGAAAUAGGAAGUUUCAGUGAACUAAUUCAAUGGGUUUCCCUUUCAGAGCUGGUAGGAAGACUCCUGCAGCAUGGUUGGCCAUUUGACCAGCUGUGUGUUUCCAUUCAGUCAGAAUUAAGUAAAUAUCAUCAAACUUCCCCUCUCAAAAUUCCCUUGAGUGUUCACAGGGGGAUACUUUCUUUCAGAGUGUGUGUUCUUGUUUAGACAGAACAUCAUUCCUUUUCUUAAGCAUUUUCUAUUUGUUGAUAAUGUUCGACUGCCGUGUCCUAGGAACGAAGUGAUAGUGUUCCUCUGGUACUCUUUGACUAAACAAUUUGACUCCCAUAUUUAUGUCGAUAUAAAAUGUGUAUUCAUAUGUUGAUAACAUUUUACAGAACCUAUGCAACAAAACAAAACAAUCUCACUGUGCUAUGUCCUGUUUCUCAGUAUAGUUAAUACCCCCCAGUCUAUAUCAGACAAUGAGUAUCAAAAGAAGAUAUACAGGGAGAUGGAAGCAGUUCUGCCUAGGAACUAUUUCUGUACUUAAUGCUGGAGGAAGUGAUUGUGAAAGAAUGACUUUUGCAAAAAGGUUGCAUCAGCCUUUCCAGCAAUGGGUGAUGACGGGAAAAAGGAGAGAGAUUUGCCACUGAAUUUCAGCUUGUGAAGAAGAGAGUGCAAAUAUGAUCUAUGCUCAUUUUUGUACCCCCUGUCAGCUGCAGCAGUAGAUGUGAUUGGAAUGUGAGUUUUAAGGACAGCAUCAUGAGUGCUGGACAAUAGCGUACUCUUUAGAAGCCACGGUUUCCUUAGGGGAGCAGCUACUAAAGAAAAGCUGUGCAAACAGGUAUGCUUCAGUGGCUGAGCAGCUAGAGGACAUUGGGAAAUUGUCGACAUAAUUUUGUUUGAGGAGCACGAACUGAAAUAUUUUGUCACUCCAGGACAGUCGUCACAUCAGACCUACCAAAGGCUUUCCAGCUUUUAUUGUGCUUACAGGUAUGAUCUGACCACUUGAAUCCCAGAGCGCACAGUCAGUACACAAGGAGACUGAAGCACAGCUUGCAGUACACAAGCAAAAUGUUCAGCCAAACAAAACACAAAUCAAGAAUUACACACAUCUGGCAAGCGUGGGCCAUCUACAUGGUCUUAGCUGCAAACCUUUCUGAAGAACAAGCACUGAAGCAGACUUGCCCUUCAUGUGAUGCCACUCAGCUUUGCAACUGCUCUUCCAUGGGCUUGGACUCUGUUCCUCCAGGACUCACAGCCAAAAUUACAGUGUUAAACCUGUCCCACAACAGGAUAAAGCACAUCCGAUCCCAGGAUCUGCAGCAGGCUGUGAACUUGAGAGCCCUGCUACUGCAGUCCAAUGAAAUCAUCUCAAUAGACGAAGACUCGUUUAUCUCUCUUGGGAAACUAGAGCUCUUGGAUUUAUCAAAUAACAGCCUGACUUACUUGUCCCCUGCGUGGUUUGGGCAACUUUUUUCACUCCAGCACCUCCGCCUCCAAGGGAACUCCUACAGAGACCUGGGGGAAAGCUCCCCCUUUUCUAGACUGAGGAACCUGAGUUCUCUCCACCUGGGCAACCCGGGGUUCUCCACGAUAAGACAAGGAAACUUUGAGGGCAUUGUGGUUCUUGACAAGUUGUGGAUUGAUGGUAGCAAUCUCAGUCAGUAUGAACCUGGAAGUUUGAAACAGAUUCAGAGGAUAAAUCACCUGAUCGUAAACCUAAGAAGUACAAGUGUAUUCUCAGCAAUUGUCAGGGACCUUCUGCACUCUGUCACUUGGUUAGAAGUAAGAAAAAUAGCAUUCAAUGUACCGGCUGAAAUGCAGCUAUUGAAAGUCAUGUCUUCUUCUUUUGCAGAGAAAAUUUCCUUUAAACAGGCCUUAUUUACAGAUGCUACUAUGCCUGAGAUUGUCAGCAUUUUAGGAGACAUGCCAAAAUUAGUGGAGGUGGAGAUGAUAGACUGUAGGCUGUUGGGAACUGGACGAUGGGGAACACAAAUUCAAGCAAACCAAUCACAGACAGUUAAAGUUAUAACAAUAGAGAGAUUAUCUAUAGAACAGUUUUAUUUGUUUACAGAUCUUCACACUGUGGAAGGUCUUCUCUCCCUUCUUACCAAAGUCACGGUUGAAAACACCAAGGUCUUCCUGGUUCCAUGCAGAAUUUCACAAAAUCUCCUGUCACUGAAGUAUCUUGACCUUAGUGCAAAUUUGCUUGGAGACCAGAGUCUGGAGCAUUCAGCGUGUCAGGGUGCCUGGCCCUCACUACAAACUCUAAAUUUAAGUCAGAAUUCACUGAGUGAUUUAGAAAUGACAGGAAAAAGUUUGUCUCAUCUAGGAAACCUAAUUCUCUUAGACAUUAGCCAAAAUAAUUUUGGUGAGGUUCCAGAUGUGUGUGAAUGGCCAAAAACCCUGAAACAUUUAAACCUCUCCAGCACUCAAAUUUCUAAACUAACAGCUUGCAUUCCCACAACACUGGAAGUUUUAGAUGUUAGCGCUAACAACCUGAGGGAAUUUGGACUGCAACUCCCAUUUCUCAAAGAGCUGUACCUUGCCAAAAACCAGCUGAAGACCUUGCCUGGUGCUGCACCCAUCCCAAACUUAGUGGCCAUGUCAAUCAGAAGAAACAAGCUCAACAGUUUCUCCAGGGAAGAGUUUGAGUCCUUCAAGAAAAUGGAGCUGCUAGAUGCCAGCGACAACAACUUCAUCUGCUCCUGUGACUUCCUCUCCUUCAUCCAGCAUGAGGCCAGGAUAGACCAGAUGCUGGUGGGUUGGCCAGGCAGGUACAUCUGUGACUCUCCUCUGGCAGUGAGAGGGGCGCAGGUUGGAGCUGUGCACCUCUCCCUGAUGGAGUGCCACAGGACCCUCAUGGUGUCGUUGAUGUGCGCCUUGGUGUUCUUGGUCAUCCUCAUCGUCGUGGCCAUCGGCUACAAGUACCACGCGGUCUGGUACCUGAGAAUGACCUGGGCGUGGCUCCAAGCCAAGCGGAAGCCCAAGCGAGCCCCCGCCAAGGACAUCUGCUAUGAUGCUUUUGUCUCCUACAGUGAGAAUGACUCUGACUGGGUUGAAAACAUAAUGGUGCGGGAGCUGGAGCAGGCCUGCCCUCCCUUUCGGCUCUGCCUCCACAAGCGGGACUUUGUGCCUGGGAAGUGGAUCGUGGACAACAUCAUUGACUCCAUAGAGAAGAGCCACAAAACGCUUUUUGUGCUGUCUGAGCACUUUGUGCGCAGCGAGUGGUGCAAAUACGAGCUGGACUUUUCACACUUCCGCCUCUUUGACGAGAACAACGAUGCAGCAAUUCUUGUCCUCUUGGAGCCCAUCCGGAGCGAAGCGAUUCCCAAGAGGUUCUGCAAGCUGCGGAAGAUUAUGAACACAAAGACCUACCUGGAGUGGCCUCCUGGUGAAGAGCAGCAGGCAAUAUUUUGGUUUAAUUUGAAAAUAGCUCUAAAGUCCUAGACAGAAAUAUUAAAGAUAGAAUAUGUAGCAAAUAUAUCCUGGAUUUGUUUCCCUUGUAUGGUCAUCCUAUCAGCUCUCUGUAUCUUGAGAAAAGAUCUACUGUAAAUUCUGUUACUUGCUGUGAGAUUAUUUUAUUUUUGUAGUUGUGCUUGUGAGUUGUAGUUUCGGUUUGGGGUGUAAAUAGAAUUAAUCUUCUUCAUAGUUGCUGCUAUGGUGCUGUCGUUUGGAUUUGUGGCCAAAAAUGUGUUGAUAACACAGAGAUGUUUUAGCUAUUCCUAAACAGUACUUGCACGGCAUCAAGGCUUUUUUGUUUCUCUUGCUGUCCUGCCAGUGAGUACACUUGGAGUGCGUGAUAAUUGGGGAUGGGACACAGCUAGGACAGCUGAUACCAGCUGACCAAAAGGAUUUCCCACACUAUAUAAUGUCAUGCUUGGCAAUAAAAGUUCAGGGAAAAAAAGCGGAAGGGAGGAUAUUUGGAGUUACAGUGUUUUUCUUCCCGAGUAACCAUUAUGUGUGAUGGAGCCCUGCUUUCCUGGAAACAGAUAAACAUCUGCUUGCUGACAGGGAGGAAUGAACGAAUUCCUCAUUUUGCUCUACUUACAUGUGACUUUUGCUUUACCUAUUGAACUUGCUUUAUAUCAAACAACAGUUUUUGUCAUCUAUACUCUUCUGAUUCUUCCUCCAGUCCCAGUGAGGGUGCAGUGAGCAAGUUGUGCAGUGCUGAGCUGCCUUCCAGAGUUAAACUGCAACAGUUGUCUACACACAUUAAUAGCAACGUUAGCAAAAGCUGUCCCAUUUAAAUAUUCAAGGAUGAAAAGUUGUUUAGAUAUACAGCUGUAUAGUUUAUGUAUCCUUAUCUUUGCAAAAGCUUUAGGAGAGAGGCAAGGUAGCCAAGGGUUUUUCAGCAUGCUUUGUACAAACCACUUCCAAUCAAACACAAUAAAAUCAGUUUAUACAGCAAGGAUUUUUGUCCAAGCUU